AUGGCACGCAUACCGUCUUCGCCCCUGCCAGGCUACAAAGAUGCUUCGUCACAGGUCCCUGUCAAACACGAUCGGGGCCUUCCGGAACAUCCCCGCGACAACACAUCUGAAGAAAAGCUGUGGUGUUCGUCAUCAAUCUAUGACAGUGACCGAGCAUCGGACACGGGCAAACCGACCGAGGAGGUACAGGGAGAGUCGGCCACGACCCUGCCCACCACCACUGCGCCGGGCAACGAGACGAAUCCCAGAAUACCAACGUUAGUCACAGCAAUUAAAGAGCGAUCCAAAGCUCUCUCCAAGAUCCUUGUCGAGGAUCAAGGUAGAGAUAAGAGCGAGAAAUACUGCAAGCACAUUAAAGAGGCUACGGACUGCUACAUUUCUACAGUGGAGGACAUCCUUGAACAUGCCAGGAGGGCAGAGAGGAGUCAGUGGAAGGAACUGGAAGAGUAG